AUGACCUCAGCCACUCCCCCCUCCUCUGAGGGCUCCUCCCCUCAGAAAGUAUGCCACUCCCAGACGCAGACUGACAUCACCAAGCCCCUGCUGGGCUCCACAGGAGGGAACGGAGGAGCCGCUGCAGGUGGAGUAGCAACAGGAGCUGGAGGGCCCAAUGCUCUGCGAAGGAGGCGCCGCGUGCUCUCCAAAGAUGGCCGAAGCAACGUGCGCAUCGAGCACGUGAGCGGACGAGGGGCUCUGUACCUGCGUGACCUCUGGACGACUUUUCUGGACAUGCAAUGGCGCUACAAGUUCUUCCUCUUCUCUGCCACCUUUGCUGGGACCUGGUUUGUGUUUGGAGUGCUUUGGUACCUGGUGGCAAUGGUACAUGGAGAUCUGCAGGAGUUUGACCCCCCCUCCAACCACACCCCAUGUGUAAUGGAGGUGAAGACCCUGACGGGAGCCUUCCUCUUCUCUCUGGAGUCUCAGACCACAAUAGGCUACGGUUUCCGGUGCAUCACCGAGGAGUGUCCUGUCGCUAUCGUCCUGCUCAUCUUUCAGCUGGUCAUCACCAUGGUGAUGGAGAUCUUCAUCACUGGUACCUUCCUUGCGAAGGUCGCUCGUCCCAAGAAGCGAGGCGAGACGGUGAAGUUUAGCCAACACGCCGUCGUGUCAAAUCAUGAGGGUCGGCCCUGCCUCAUGAUCCGAGUGGCCAACAUGCGCAAAAGCCUGCUGCUAGGAUGCCAGGUGACGGGGAAGUUGCUUCAGACGUCCCUGACAAAGGAGGGCGAGACGGUGCGGCUGGACCAGCGCAAUGUGCCAUUCCAGGUGGACACGUCCAGCGACAGCCCCUUCCUCAUCAUCCCUUUGACUUUCUACCACAUCAUUGACGACAACAGCCCCCUCAGGGCCUGGGCAGCAAAAGGUGGUGGCUGGGCAGACCCGGAGCUGGCUGACUUUGAGCUGCUGGUGAUCAUGAGCGCUACGGUUGAGCCAACCUCCGCUACCUGCCAGGUUCGAACGUCCUACCUUCCAGAUGAGAUCCUCUGGGGCUACGAGUUCCCCCCCGUCGUCUCCCUAUCUCCCUCAGGAAAAUAUGUGGCUGAUUUCGCCUUCUUUGAUAAAGUGGCCAAAACCAAAACCCCGCCCCUCUUUAAGCAGUCCCUGCCACCGAGCCCGCCCUCGCAGGCAUCCCAUUACCGUGGUGGCAAGGAGGAUGGGACGGAUCCAGAGAAGAUGCGACUGGAAGAGAGCUACAGGGGUGAAGACAGGGGUCGAGAAAGGGGGCGAAUGAGAGAUAGCAGCCCACUGAGCGUGCGUAUUAGUAAUGUGUGAGGGAAGAAUGAGACAGGAAGAGGUGAUGGAAAGUUGAUGUGAAACUGAGAAGCUACAGGAAGAAAACAACAAAGCUGCUCAACAGAAGACGAACUCUCUCAUGAAAAAUCCUCCCCAGUGGUGCGUCCAAGCUUGGCGGGUCCUGUCAACCACACACAAACUACGUCUGUGGAGACCAUAGUGAUGCUAUCAGUGUCUGCAACCAACUUCAAAGGGAGCAAGCUACAAAGCCAACAUGUAUAAAUGUACAGCACAACAUCAAGUCACCCAUUUUCUAUACUUAAAUUCAUUUUUUUUUUUUUUGGAAAGGACUUGAUUUACUUUAACUGGAGUAUAGUCAAACACUGCAAAAAAUCUUUAUCUUAUCAGGUCAUUUCUGUUGCAGUUUAGCCUUGCAGGGUGGCAGGAAGAGCUCAACAAAUCAACUUGUGUCAAGAAUGUUUUAGUAACAAGUGUCUCGUCCUCGAACCAAGAAGGAGAAAGCAGAAAAUUGAUUCUCACCACAAAUGUUUCGCCUGUUUAAAGAAAACGAGAACCCAGUUAGAGAUGAAAUGACUUGACGAGAUAGUUUUGUGCAGUGUACUCGAACGUCUGAUAUGGAUGGUAAUCACUGAAUCACAGUACUGUUGUUUUUCUUUUUUAAUUAAUAAAAUACCUGCAACAGGUGGCGAAAAUACUGGAACCAUAUUAUUUUUUUAACGAACAAUUUUAAAGGAAUGUAUCAUAUUUUGUGUACCCAAUAGUUUCUAACGACAUUGAUACUUGUUGCACCUGAAAAUAUUGUUCUCUUUGAUAUGAAUGUUUUUUUCUUGUUUAUUGGGGUACAUUUAUUUAGUAAUAAUACUAAAAGCACUUUAACUUGACAGAAAAGUGGCAUUUCACACAAGGCGGAUAACUGAACUAACUUUGAUACUUAAUGCACUGUAAUACCUGAUUAAAUCUUGUCCUUGUGAUUGUGUUUUUAUGGUUGAAACUGGGUAAUUUUGUGAGUGUGAUGAUAUUGUUUGUAUGAACUGCCUUAAAUUUCAUGUACAGUAUGUGUGUGUUCUUGUACCUCUGUACAGUGUAUAAAAAUAUUUGUUCCGCAUUCUUCAUUUCUUUCUGUCCUGAUAUUUGAUACACAGCUCCACAUUUCAAUAUACCAUAUUAAUUGCUGUCAAUGCACAAUGGUACAGUACAGUACGCAAUCAAUUGUGUUAAUUGUUCAAGGGGACCAGUAAAAUUCUUUGGUUAUAGCAAAAAAAAAAAAAAUUAGACAUUUGAAUUUUGAAGUAAAGGAACAUAAGAACAAAAUGACAAAGAUAUAGAUUGCAUGGAAUUUUUUUCUAUACUUUCAAGUGUUUUUGUUCAAAUGGCCAACAAAGUAUGAUAUUAAAAAUCAGUAAUAUAAGAUAUAUCUGAUGAUUGGUCUUAAGUUUGCCCUCUUGAUGAUCUGAUAUAAGAUUAAAUGCCACUAUUAAAAUAAAAUACUAUUCCAAUGAAAAAUGUAUAAAUAACUGAACAUACUUCCAUAUCCAUGUCUGGUGAGAGGUUUUGCUUGUUUAUACUGU